CUCACAGACUAGGUGCGCAGCAACGCAACGUUGUCCAAUUGAUACCUGCUGUGCUUCAUGCCAUGCGUCCAUGGACAGCCCUCGGGCUAAUAGCCUCCAUUGGGGUCGGGUUCCAGAGGGGGUUUGGGUACGCUUUUACCUCGUCCAAGGUCACGUCGUUUCCCAGCUCAAGCAAGGGCACACCCGCCUCCAGCAGGCGCCAUGCCAUGUCCUCUACGCAACUCAGGAUGGCUAGCUCCUUCAACCCAAUUGAGGCGGUGAAAGAAGCGAUGGGCGGAGACGGAAGGGUGAACCCCGUUUACCGCCAGAUGGUGGUGCUGGCCGUAAAGUCUGGAGCUGCAGGGGCAGCUCGGUACUUGAACCCUUCAGGGGAGAGCUCCACCUCCACAGGGAAACGCGCUCUUAAUAAGGCAGUACAAGCCCACGUGGGCCAGUUGAUGGACGCUGUCCUCAGCCCGGCCCCGGACGAAGAAAACGCCGAAGCCAUCAAGAGAAUCUUGGACCGCUGCGAGGAACAGCACAAAGGAGCGGGUGCGACCCUGGCGCUGGGAUACCUGGACACGGUGUGGUGGCUGCCCGCCCCGAUUCGUCCCGCGAUCGGAGCUUUGGCUAUCCUAGCCGUAUACGAGGCGCUCCGGCGGUUCGGCGUUUUCACCAGGUUCGGCAUGGUAAAGCUUCCUGAUACCGAGUUGGCACCCACGGAAACCGUCCCUGAGCCCGUUGAGGGUAUGGAAGACUCACCGAUAUUCAAGGCUGCCCAGUUCGAAACUGAUGCGAGGAGCUUAUCCUACUACACCCUCAUUGGGGCGUUUUUAGUUUCCACGAUGUCCUAUGUUAUUUCGGGAGGUGACGGGCAGGUGGCAUGGAGUGGGAUGCUCCUGCUGACCUUCGUGGCCUUCGAGAGGGAGGUCCUGCACUCGGCACUGUACAGCGAGGCGAUUAUUCGGGUUCAGCCGAUGCUGACGCAGUUAACCUCUGCACACGAAGCUGGACACGUCGCCGCUGCGUAUCUCACGGGUCUCCCUGUGGCUACGUAUACGCUUGGAGGGCUGGGCUCACUACAGCACGGAGACGAGGUUGGAUGUGGUCCUAGCUGUAACAUUAUCAACGCGGAGUUGAGUACAGCUAGAAUAUGGCUUCCGGAAGAGCUCCUCACGGGGCCAGCGUCGGAGCCGGAACCAAGACUCGAAGCGCGUAUGACGUACCCGUGGGAAGAUCCAGCGCGAUUACAGAACUUGGUGGAGCUGGAUUUUUCGUCGUCGGAGAUUCCUCACAAGGAUCGAGUAGCGCCGUUUGAUACAGAGGGGCGACACGCGAUGUCGAAUCGUAUGGCGUUGACUUCGAUGGGCGGGAUCGCUGGAGAGAUGAUGGCGAACGGCUUUGAUGUGGGUGGUGGCGCCGACUAUUUCAACAUGCGCCGGAGAUUCAAGGGCCUUUGGCCCUACAUGUCGCAAGACGACUUGAGGAGGACGGAGAAAUGGGCGUUUCUCGAAAACUUAAAAAUCUUCAAGGCGGAGCGCACAGCCAUGGAACUGUUGGCGAAAAAUAUGCGGGAACGUCGCCCAAUAGGGCGCUUGAUGUUGGAUUUGGAUCGAUCGUUGACAUCCACGGAAUUCGAACUAAGCGCUGCUGAAAGGAGAUGA